CGCGUCCCAGCUCGGAGCCCGCGAAGAGGAAUAGGAGGAAGGCGCCGCCGUGGCCGUAGCCGCAGUGCUCUGAGCGCGACGAGCCAUGAGCAGCGGCCCCGCGAGCGACCUCGCUGUCGCUGGCCGCCGCUGAGCCCGGCCGGGGGACGGCUCGCCGCUCCCCGGCACCCUCUCGCCCAGAGUACUUGACACAGAGUGGUUGGAUAACAAAUGUUGAAAGAGGAAGAAUGGGAGGGAUGGAGGAAAAAGGAAGGGAAAGAGGAAGAAAGAAAUGGAAGGAAGAAGGUUCUACCCAAGGGAGGAAAAGAAAAUAAAUAAAUAAAACAGACUAAAGGAGACUCUCCUCUGACCAAAGACUGAAUUUCCUGUGUGUAACUCAGAAGUCAGUUCCGAAGGAGGAAUUCUAGACAGAUUCUGAGUGAGAUGACUCCUCUACGGGCUGGUACACAUUUGGAUGGAUGCAGGUGAGAAGAGCAGCCUUUGGCCCUCAUAGCUGCCACCUUAGCAAAAGACUGCUGAAACAUGAUUCCGGUGACAGAGUUCCGACAGUUCUCUGAGCAGCAGCCUGCCUUCCGGGUUCUGAAGCCAUGGUGGGAUGUAUUUACCGAUUACUUGUCCGUGGCCAUGCUGAUGAUCGGUGUGUUCGGAUGCACUUUGCAGGUCAUGCAAGACAAGAUAAUCUGCCUUCCAAAAAGAGUGCAGCCUUCUCAGAACCACUCUUCCGUUUCGAAUGUCUCUCAAGCAGUGGCCAGUACCACCCCACUGCCUCCACCGAAACCAUCUCCUACUAACCCAGUCACUGUGGAAAUGAAAGGACUGAAGACAGAUUUGGACCUUCAGCAGUACAGCUUUAUUAACCAGAUGUGCUAUGAGCGAGCCCUCCACUGGUACGCCAAGUAUUUCCCUUACCUUGUCCUCAUCCAUACCCUGGUCUUCAUGCUCUGUAGCAACUUUUGGUUCAAAUUCCCUGGUUCCAGCUCCAAAAUAGAACAUUUCAUCUCAAUCCUGGGGAAGUGUUUUGACUCUCCCUGGACCACACGGGCUUUAUCUGAAGUGUCUGGGGAGGACUCAGAAGAAAAGGACAACAGGAAGAACAACAUGAGCAGGUCCAACACCACCCAGUCUGGUCCAGAAGGCAGCCUGGUCAACUCUCAGUCUUUAAAGUCAAUUCCUGAGAAGUUUGUGGUUGACAAAUCCACUGCAGGGGCUCUAGAUAAGAAGGAGGGUGAGCAAGCGAAGGCUUUAUUUGAGAAGGUGAAGAAGUUCAGGCUGCACGUAGAAGAAGGUGAUAUAUUAUAUGCUAUGUAUGUUCGUCAGACUGUACUUAAGGUUAUAAAAUUCCUAAUCAUCAUUGCAUAUAAUAGCGCCCUGGUUUCCAAAGUCCAAUUUACAGUGGACUGUAAUGUUGACAUUCAGGACAUGACUGGAUAUAAAAACUUUUCUUGCAAUCAUACCAUGGCACACUUGUUCUCAAAACUCUCCUUUUGCUACCUGUGCUUUGUAAGUAUCUAUGGAUUGACGUGCCUUUAUACCUUAUACUGGCUGUUCUACCGUUCUCUGAGGGAGUACUCUUUUGAGUAUGUCCGGCAGGAAACUGGAAUUGAUGAUAUUCCAGACGUGAAAAAUGACUUUGCUUUUAUGCUUCAUAUGAUAGAUCAGUACGACCCUCUGUAUUCCAAGAGAUUUGCAGUGUUCCUAUCUGAAGUGAGUGAAAACAAAUUAAAGCAGCUGAAUUUAAACAAUGAGUGGACUCCGGAUAAACUGAGGCAGAAGCUGCAGACGAAUGCCCAUAACCGCCUGGAGUUGCCUCUCAUCAUGCUCUCUGGCCUUCCAGACACUGUUUUUGAAAUCACAGAGUUGCAGUCUCUAAAACUUGAAAUCAUUAAGAAUGUCAUGAUACCAGCCACCAUUGCGCAGCUAGACAAUCUCCAGGAGCUCUCUCUGCACCAGUGCUCGGUCAAAAUCCACAGUGCAGCGCUCUCUUUCCUGAAGGAGAACCUCAAGGUCUUGAGCGUCAAGUUUGAUGAUAUGAGGGAGCUGCCCCCCUGGAUGUAUGGCCUCCGGAACCUGGAGGAGCUCUACCUGGUUGGCUCUCUAAGUCACGAUAUUUCCAAAAAUAUCACCCUUGAGUCUCUGCGGGAUCUCAAAAGCCUUAAAAUUCUCUCUAUCAAAAGCAAUGUUUCCAAAAUCCCGCAGGCGGUGGUUGAUGUUUCCAGCCAUCUCCAGAAGAUGUGCAUACACAACGAUGGCACCAAGCUGGUGAUGCUUAACAAUCUGAAGAAGAUGACCAAUUUGACAGAGCUAGAGCUGGUCCACUGUGACCUGGAGCGCAUUCCUCACGCCGUGUUCAGCCUGCUUAGCCUCCAGGAAUUGGACCUCAAGGAAAAUAAUCUGAAAUCUAUAGAAGAGAUCGUUAGCUUCCAGCACUUGAGAAAGUUGACAGUGCUAAAACUGUGGCAUAACAGCAUCACCUACAUCCCAGAGCAUAUAAAGAAACUCACCAGCCUGGAGCGCCUCUUCUUUAGUCACAAUAAAAUAGAGGUGCUGCCUUCCCACCUCUUCCUAUGCAACAAGAUCCGAUACCUGGACUUGUCCUACAAUGACAUUAGAUUUAUCCCGCCUGAGAUCGGAGUUCUACAAAGUUUACAGUAUUUUUCCAUCACUUGUAACAAAGUGGAGAGCCUUCCAGAUGAACUCUAUUUCUGUAAGAAGCUCAAAACUCUGAAGAUUGGGAAAAACAGCCUAUCAGUACUUUCACCAAAAAUUGGAAAUUUACUAUUUCUCUCCUAUUUAGAUGUUAAAGGCAAUCACUUUGAAAUUCUCCCUCCCGAACUGGGCGACUGUCGGGCUCUGAAGCGAGCUGGUUUAGUUGUAGAAGAUGCUCUGUUUGAAACCCUGCCUUCUGAUGUCCGGGAGCAAAUGAAAACAGAAUAACUUAUUUUUGUUUAAAGUUUGACUGAAACAUGCUUAUACCAAAUACAGUGUAAAUAAUUAGGUAGUCUUAAUGCCUUUCCUAUUUUAUUAUUUUUUUCUUUUUCACACAAAGCAAAAUGUACACAAAGACUGAGUAAGGAGUAUGUAUUUUUAAUAAAAAUUUAAUUGUAUUUUUUCAAUAUUAAUAUUUUAAAGUUUUAUUUGUCCUGGAACCUAAUGUAUCUAUUACUGUUUUCUACUGACAGAAACAGAUGGUUCCGUCUGUUUUUUUGUUUUGGUUGUUGUGUUUGUUUUGGUUUUUCAGUUCAUUCUUGUGAAGGGAAGGGAAUUUUAAGUUGCAUGCUUUUGGUGUUUUUUAAAUCGAUGAAGAUAUUUUGCCAAGGUCAUUUUUAGCUUGUUUACACCUGUACAGGGUCCUUAUUUUUGUUUUCAUUGUAUGUGUACCAAGGAA